GGGUGGGGAGGAAGGCGAGAGCCACAUGCCCUGUGGUGAAAAAAGUGUGGUAUCACUGUGGUCGAGAGAACUUGAGUUUCAUAAUUUCAAGAAAAGGAAGGAGACCUCUGCAGUCUGCUCUUGAAGACCGUCGCUUGGUUGACGUGGCCUCAGCGGCUCCCUCACCAGCUUUCCAAAAUGCCAAGGGGUUGAAAUCUAGAUACUCCACCGGUCUCUCUCUCUCUCCAUCUUCCAUCCAUUGUGUCUGGAGAAAGCGAUCUCCACCAUGUGGGGCUUGCUGGAACCUCUUCCUCUGCUAGUGACCAUUUCCUUGUUUCUCGAGACCGCCUUGGCCAAGCCGUUCGUUCAUCUGGUGUACAAGCAGAAUGACACCUGUAUGGAUUUUAACGCAGCCCCAGCCUGUUUUGGUCCACCCGUGCCCUUAACUGGUCUCAAGGGUUACCUACUUGAAACGGUGCCUGCCAAUGCUUGUCACCCUAUAAAAGCAGCCCCAAUAUCGAACCGGACUCCUUCUGGCUUCGUCGCCCUCAUCCGCCGAUACGACUGUUCCUUCAAUCUUAAAGUUUUCCAUGCCCAGGAAGCUGGAUACCGGGCAGCUAUCAUCUACAACUUGUGUUCUGAUUUCUUGGUGAACAUGGCGGUCAGCAUGGAAGAGACAAGACUGCCGAUUGUUAUCCCAUCGUUGUUUAUCGGACGGACAUCUUCUAAACUUUUAAGAAGGCAAGUUCAUUCAGCAAAGGAUGCCCAAAUUAUGGUGGUGGUACCCCAGAGUUAUUACAAUUCCUGCUCGGAUGAAACAUAUGCGGCUCUUUGGGAAUUAGCUGUCUAUGACCUGCCGAUCUGGCCAGGUUACUGUACUCAACAACUGUUCCUCAAAGUCCUACAGGAAUUUGGGUUGCUCAUCAGCCUCAGCAUGGGGACCAGCUUCUUGCUACUGGUGAGUUGGGUGAAAUGGGGCCGGCCCAACCAAGGCAUCCGAGUGAAGACUUUCAAACAUGGUGACAGGUAUGACACCUGUGUAAUCUGCAUGGGGGAGUAUGAAGCAGGUGACCGGCUGAAGGUUCUUCCCUGCACCCAUGUCUUUCACGCUACCUGUAUCAACACCUGGUUACUCAUCCAACCCAUGGCUGGCAAGACGUGCCCAAUCUGCAAGCAGAAGGUUAACAAUGCAAUCUAGGGAGAUGACAGAGAUGCAGUUGAGAAGAAAUGGAGAUGGACCUCCAGAUCCAAUGGGAGGGGUGGGGACGGAGAAACAACACAAUUCUUCCCAAUUGUG